AACAUUUCUCGAUAUUUUAUCAUUACAACAAACUUCUUAAACUGAUGUAUAGUCUCGUUCGUUAUCCAUGUCCAUGAAGUAACCAACUUCUACAGCAAUGCUGCUUCCUGCAACUCACUUUCACUACUUCCACACCUUUCCUUCUUCUUCUUCUUCUUCUUCUUCUUCUUCUUCUACAUUGCACAUUUUCCCUCUUCAAUUCCCCAAACCCAAACCCAAAUUCCUCAUUCGCUGCUCCGACACAGAAACCCUCCCGGACUCCGCCAUUCAGCGAAUCGCCGACAAGCUCCGCAGCCUCGGCAUCGCCGACCAACCCUCCACCGCCACUCCUGGUCCCUCCGACUCCGAUGCCGGUGAAAUCUUCGUUCCCCUUCCGCAGCAACUCCCGACGCGGCGCGUGGGGCACACGAUCGACCCGACCUGGGCGAAGCGGGAGAGGCGAGAGGACAAGGUUCCGACGCUGGCAGAGCUGAGCCUCUCGGAUGCCGAGAUUCGGCGGCUCACGACGGCUGGGCUGGCGAUGAGGCAGAAGCUGCGUGUCGGGAAGGCGGGACUCACGGAAGGGAUCGUGAACGGGAUUCACGAACGGUGGAGGAGUUUCGAGGUGGUGAGGAUCGUGUGUGAGGAUCUCUCUAGGUUUAACAUGAAAAGGACUCAUGACUUGUUGGAGAGAAAAACUGGAGGCCUUGUUGUUUGGAGAUCUGGAAGUAAGAUAAUAUUAUACAGAGGGACUGAUUAUAAGUACCCUUACUUCCUAUCUGAUAAAGUGUCCAGAGAUGACAACACUGGUGAUGCUAUGCAACAUAUGGAUGAGGAUGCUAAAAAUUUUGAUAAAAGAGAGAGUCACUCGUCUGAAAAGAAUUCAGUGACAUAUGCUGGGAAAAGUUCAAAUGUCAAAACAGCAAAACCAGCUUUGAUACAAGGUGUUGGGAGUCCCAAUAAAGUACGAUUUCAACUGCCAGGUGAGGCAGAACUUGCAAAAGAUGCAGACAGCUUGUUAACAGGUAUAGGGCCACGAUUCAUUGAUUGGUGGGGAUAUGACCCUCUGCCUGUUGACGCUGAUCUUCUACCAGCUGUUAUUCCUGGAUAUAGGAAGCCAUUUCGCCUUCUUCCUUAUGGUGUGAAGCCUAAACUAACAGAUGAUGAAAUGACCACAAUGAGGAGACUUGGCAAACAUUUACCAUGUCAUUUUGCAUUAGGUAGAAAUAAAAAACUUCAUGGAUUGGCUGCUGCAAUUAUUAAGCUUUGGGAAAGAUGUGAGAUUGUCAAGAUUGCCAUAAAGAGAGGUGUGCUGAAUACUAAUGGCGAGUUGAUGGCUGAAGAGAUAAAGUAUCUGACUGGAGGUACUCUCAUUGCUCGGGAUAAAGAAUUCAUCGUUUUCUACAGAGGAAAAGACUUCUUGCCAACUGCAGUGUCAUCCGCAAUUGAACAGCGAAGGAGUAUUGGAAUGUACAAACUGAAGACUAGAAACAGUUUGUCAGUUACAGACGAUCCAGACCUGAAAGAUGGAACCAUAGAGUGUGAUUCUGAAGUAAAGGGUAUGAACUUCAAGAAAGAUACUAAACAAGGAAUGUUGACUGAGGCUGAGGCAGCUAUUAAAAGCACUAGCAUCAAAUUGUCAAUGGCACUAGAAGAGAAAGCAAAGGCUGAAAAACUUCUAUCGGAGCUGGAAAAUGCAGAGAGCCCCCAAGAAGAAGAAAUCAAUAAAGAGGGUAUUACUGAAGAAGAGAAAUACAUGUUGCGGAGGAUUGGCUUGAAGAUGAGUCCCUUCCUGUUACUAGGUAGACGAGGGGUUUUUGAUGGAACGGUGGAAAAUAUGCAUCUUCAUUGGAAGUAUCGGGAACUUGUGAAGAUAAUAUGUAAUAAACAGAUGAGCCUGGAAGAUGUCCAACAGAUAGCUCAAACCUUAGAGGCAGAAAGUGGCGGAAUAUUAAUUGCAGUAGAAAGAGUGAACAAGAGCUAUGCAAUCAUUGUGUAUCGUGGAAAGAAUUAUAGUCGGCCUGCAAGUUUAAGGCCUCGUACACUUUUAAAUAAAAAACAAGCAUUGAAGCGCUCUAUAGAAGCACAGCGCUGUGAGUCAUUGAAGCUCCAUGUUUUGAAACUAGAUAGGAACAUAAACGAAUUGAAACAUCAAAUGGCUAAAGAUAUGGAGGCAAACAGUAAGCAGACUUCUGUUGACAAUCAACAAGCAAUACAGGAACAGCCAGUUGAGCUGAUUGAUAGUGGUGGAGCACAUCAAGCUGAACCAGGAAAUUCCAUUAAUUGGAAUUAUCCUAAAGAAGCUUCGGUUGACUAUCAACAAACAAUGCAGGAGCAAUCAGUUGAGCUGUUUGAUGGUGGUGGAGCUGUUCAAAGUGAACCACAAAACUCCAUAAAUUGGAACUCUCCCAAAGAAGCUUCUGUCGAUAAUCAACAGGCAAUACAGGGGCAGUCAUUUGAGCUCAUUGAUAGAAGUGAAGCUCAUCAUGGUGAACCAGAAAAUUCCAUAGAUUGGAAUUCUCCUGAAGAAGCUUCUGUUGACAAUCAACAAGCUAUACAAGGGCAGCCAGUUGAGCUGAUUGAUGGUGGUGGAGCUCAUCAAGAUGAACCAGAAUCUUGGUCUGGUUUGAUUCCUAAAGAAACAAAGUUGGACAGAGACAGUGAUUCUGUUGUUGAUACUCAGCAUUGCGUCUCUAUUAGCAAGGUAAUGGAAUCAUCAAUCGUAGCAUCAGAGAGUGAUCCUGACCUAUCAGCUCUGGUGAGAGAUAUGAGUUCCAACGAGUUGCCUUCUAGAUCUGUAUAUCUUUCCAAUAGAGAAAGACUUCUUCUACGAAAGCAGGCAUUAAAGAUGAAAAAGCGGCCUGUCCUUUCCGUAGGAAAGAGCAACAUUGUAACUGGUCUUGCGAAAGCAAUCAAAGCUCACUUCCAGAAGCACCCUCUUGCCAUAGUUAAUGUCAAAGGAAGGGCAAAAGGGACCUCAAUUCAGGAGGUGGUGUCCAAGCUAGAGCAAGAAACUGGUGCCGUUCUAGUCUCUCAAGAACUCAACAAAGUCAUACUGUACAGGGGUUGGGGGGAAGGAGAGAAACCUAGCACUGCAAUAAAUUUUGAUAAAGUGGGUAAAGAGGUAGCGGCAAAGCCUGGCGUCUCUCCUGAACUCUUGGAAGCAAUCAGAGUUGAAUGUGGAUUGCAGUAACAAGCAGAACAUUGCAGUUCUUUACUGAUCAAAGUUUUUACAAGCAUAUUGCCAUCAUUUUUUUCCAUCAACCCUAGGAUUUAGACAUGGAGCUACAAAGUCAAAAGAAAAUUGGGGGUUGCUGGUGAUGAAUAUUGAAAUUUUAGUGUCAGGAACGUAUGAUUGUGCAUUUGUACUUGGAGGAAGAAACACCAAACGAGAACUGAAAAAGAAAUAAGAAAUACACAAAUGGCAGAGCUUCUGUUAUUCUUGAAGCCGUUCUGAGUCCUCAAGUGCCUAAACUUUUGGUUUUUUUUUAAUCCUGGGACUAACAUGUAAUGGCUCCCAGAUCAAUUCAACCAAGCAUGGGUAAAUGUAAAAGUCCACAAUCAACAAUCAAAGUCAAUUAUGGUGAUGUGGCAAGUGAUGUUUGGGUAGUUGAUGUGGCCAGUGUUGACAUGGUAGUAAUGUGGUAGGUGACGUGGCAAAGCUGUGGUAGAUGAUUGGAUGUGACUCAAGUUUUGACUUGCAUGUGUAAGCAUGUACGUGAUCAAAUUUUCGUAAAAAUCUACGUACUCACGUAUUAAAAAAUUCUAAACUGUGUGUUUUUUGAGAUAAUGUCCGAAUGUAUGAGAACUUGUGUUGGGAUGAAUACAAA